AUGUCGGCAUCCCCUCAAGUCUACCGCGCCAGCACUACGGCGCCGGUCAACAUCGCUGUCAUAAAGUACUGGGGAAAGCGAGAUGUAGCUUUGAAUCUGCCCACGAAUUCGUCGCUGUCUGUCACUUUGUCGCAAAAGUCGCUCCGAACGCAUACCACUGCUUCAUGCGCCGAGUCGUUCUCGGGGCCUGACUCGCUCAUCCUCAAUGGAGAAAAGGAGGACAUUGAAUCUUCAAAACGAACACAAGCGUGUCUCAAGUCUCUUAGAUCAUUACGAGAACAGCUGGAGUCUAAAGAUGACUCUCUACCUAGACUGUCCAAGUUGACCCUCCGACUUGUGUCUUCGAACAAUUUCCCUACGGCCGCCGGCCUGGCCUCUUCCGCCGCAGGAUUCGCCGCCCUGGUCAGAGCAAUCGCCAACCUUUACGAGCUGCCUCAGUCGCCCGAGGAGCUCUCGGUGAUUGCACGACAAGGGUCUGGUUCUGCCUGCCGGAGUUUGAUGGGAGGAUACGUUGCCUGGAGGGCUGGCACAGACAAAGACGGGUCCGACAGCCUUGCUGAAGAGGUUGCACCUGCCUCGCAUUGGCCCGAGAUGAGAGCGUUGAUUCUGGUCGUCAGUGCAGAGAAGAAGGGCGUCCCUUCCACUGCAGGAAUGCAAACUACGGUCGAGACGUCGACGCUUGCACCGGCGCGCUUCAACGAGAUCGUUCCUUGGAGAAUGAAGGAGAUUGAGAAGGCGAUCCACGAAAAGGACUUCGAGACAUUUGCCCGGAUCACGAUGCAGGAUUCCAACUCCUUCCAUGCCAUCUGUUUAGAUUCCUGGCCUCCGAUCCACUACCUCAACGACGUGUCUCGUGCUGCUAUGAAUGCCGUUGAGACUGCUAAUCGCAAGGCGGGGAAGCUGAUCGCUGCUUACACCUUCGAUGCCGGUCCGAAUGCAGUAAUUUACUAUCUCGAGGAGCACACUCAUCAAGUUGCGGGUGUUUUCAGGAACAUCCUUCCCAAUACACCUGGAUGGGAAGGGGAGUUUGGCGAUGUCAUUGGGAAAAACGAAUACGGGAGUCUAGAACAAAAGACCUUGAUGACCCUCAAGGCCGGCGUCAGUCGAGUCAUUUGUACAGGUGUCGGCGGAGGGCCCGAAAAGAUCGAUCAGCAUUUGGUCGAUGCGAGUGGAAAUGCAGUGCCAGUUGAGACAUAA